AUGGACGCCAAGAACGAGCCGACGGUCCAGCAUGAUGACAAGCAGAGAGCGGACCAGCUUGAAGAUGCGAAGGUGGCCGCAACAGCUGCGCUGCCAACAACGCAAGCCAACGAGAAGCUUACUUUCCGCGAUCUGUGGGAGAACAAGCGCGUUUUGGCCUUCUGCUUGAUGAUCUACCUUUUGCCCAUCAACUUUGGUUACGAAGUCUCGACCAUCGGAAAGCUCCUCGCCGUAACCCCUUUCGCUCAACGUUUCGGCCACGAGAUCAACGGAAAAUGGCAGGUCGCCGCUAGGGACCAACAGAUCCUCAAUGCUGCGGGCACGAUCGGAAUCUUCGUUUCGGCAUUUGCAACAGGCUUCAUUAGCGAUAUCUUUGGCCGGAAAAAGACCAUUGGCCUCGCUUGCUUGAUUUGCUGCGGUGGCACGAUCCUUCAAUACUUUGCUUCAACCAUCAUGAUGCUUUUCGGCGGCAAGGUCGUUGCAACUUUUGGAUUCGGUCUGGGCCACUCGCUGGGGCCCGUCUUUGUUGCCGAGCUCGCACCAGUGAAGAUGCGUGGUGUUUGCCUGGUUCUUGUCAACACAAUGAUCACUGUUGGCCAGUGGCUCAACUCGGCGACGGUACUGGCAAGCGAUCACUAUCACAAUGACCUUUCUUGGCGAAUCCCGUUGAUUACGCAACUCAUUCCUCCUGGACUGCUCCUUUGCGGUUUGGUAUUCUUGCCCGAGUCCCCUAGCUGGCUUCUCAUCAAGGGUCGUCGUGAAGAAGCCGCCAAAUCAUACAAAAGGUUCAACGGACCCAACUUCGACGUGGAUGCCGCGUUGGCGGUCGCCACUGUUGCCAUUGCCAAAGAGCAAGAAUCCAAAAAGGAACAGGAGUCAGCUCGCUGGGUUGACUGUUUUAAGGGAGUCAACGGCAGGCGCACAGCAAUUAUUGUCAUGGUCUAUCUCUCUCAGCAAGCCAUUGGUGUGAACUUUGUUUCGGGCUACCUCACGUAA